AUGGGAUCUUUCUUAGGAUUUUCAGCUCUGUUCUACUUCCUUCUGGCCAUUAACAUGGGUAAUUUGAUGGUUUCAUUUUCUCAAGAAGGGUUGUGCUCUGCACCACCAAUCUUGACUAGUGCUGACUCCAGUGAUCAACCACGUUAUUGGAAAGUUACCAAUCCCACUUUGUCUCCUGCGCAUCUUCAAGACUUGCCAGGUUUUACUCGCAGUGUGUACAAAAGGGAUCAUGCGUUGAUUUCUCCUGAAAGUCAUAUGUUUGGCCCUUUACCCUAUUGGACAAACACAUUGGGUGCUUAUCUUAUAACACCUGCAAUGGGCUCACAUUUUGUUAUGUACUUGGCGAAAAUGCAAGAAAAUUCGAAAUCAGGGAUUCCACCAAGGGAUGUCGAGAGGUUCAUAUUUGUGGUUCAUGGUGCAGUAUUGCUCACUGAUAUUUCAGGAGUCACCCACAGUUUGAAUGUGGAUUCUUAUGCUUAUCUUCCACCAAACUCAACACACUCUUUGAAUUGUGAUACAUCAUCAACUCUUAUUGUAAUUGAAAAAAGGUACAACUAUCUGGAGAGUCAUAUCCCAGAUCUCAUUGUCAGUUCCACAGAUAAGCAGCCCCUUGUUGUCACUCCUGGCGAGGGUUAUGAAUACAGGGAUCUUCUUUCGGCAUCUUUGGCUCAUGAUUUUAACAUUUACAUCAUGGAUUAUAAGCCUGGACAAUUUCUAAAUGUGAAGGAGGUCCAUUACAACCAGCACGGUGUGUUGAUUCUGGAAGGCCAGGGUAUUUAUCGCUUAGGUGACAGCUGGUACCCUGUCCAAGCUGGUGAUGCAAUUUGGAUGGCACCAUUUGUGCCUCAAUGGUAUGCAGCGCUUGGAACAAGCCGAACACGAUAUUUGCUGUACAAGGAUGGGAACAGGAAUCCAUUGUAA